AUGUUGGGUGCUCGAGCCCGUGCCGCGGAAUACCAUGCCUUCAAGGCUGCUACCGCAAGACAAGCCUCUCGCGAAGCCGAGGAACAGAAAUUACCUCCAAAAGCUGCUCCGAUCUCGCUAAGUGCCUUUACCAAAAACCCUCACCUCAACCGCAACAAGGGCACCAAAGCAUGGAUUCCAUUGGUCUUGGAGGAUACACCGGAAAGCACAGUCGAAUACGAUUCUGAAAAUUCCGAGGAAGACGCUGGAACCCUUUCCACUCCCACACGGCAAACAGGAGGCGUAGAUCCUGGCAGUGCUUCUCUGACAAAGAAUGAGACCCCCACAGGUCCUCGAAACCUCCAACCGGUCCGAAUCAAUCUGCCAAAAUUGACCAUACCUACCGCACCUAAAGCCAUGGUGGCGGCUAACGACCGACCAUCUGUGAUCGUCAAUCCGACCCCCAAGAGGAUUCAGCAGCACUCUAUCAUCAGACAAUCUCAACGAGAUGCCGUAGUCAGUGUCCAAAGCUCCCCAAGCAACGCAUCUGGAAUGACUGGCAGUAGUGGGUUCCCAUAUCCCAUGUACACUACGUGGCCGUUAUACUUACAAAGCAUGCCUGUACUAGGUCAAUUUCCCAUAUCUGCUUUUAACCCGCCACAGCGUAUUCGCCAUAUCAUGGUCCCGUCAGACAUCAGUCCUACCAAGCAAGAGAACAAACUUGAAUUCUUAUCCAGAGAGUACGCAGCCUCAUCUUCUGCUCAUCCCGGGCCAGCACAACCCUCAUCGGACAGCUCUAGCAUGGGUGGUAGUUCGAUACUGUAUCCCCCUCCAUACCACCACUAUAUGAACAUGCCUUCACUAUGGGGACAGCAUCAGUACACGGGUGAAUUUGCUCAAAACAAUUUGCAACGACCGAUUAUGCAACACGCAGGCUCGGACAGCUCCAUCCCUACCUACGGACAAAUGUCGAAUACAAUUCCGCAAGCCACAGCCGCGCUUUUCCGACGCUUCACCGAGUCGGACACUUGUGAAAUGCUUCCUGACCACAUCACAGCAAUUGACGAAGCAUCAAAUGCCGCUCUGCAUCAUGAACAACGUCAUGCAAUGGACACGUUUGUUGAAGAGCCGUAUGACCGCAAUACCAAGAUGCAGAGUUUUGUGGAAGAACAGCAAGCACUGGCAAAGACAGGGAAGACGGUUCUACGUAAUCCCGACCUGCAUCGCCUCAAAAUGAGUGAAGCUGCAACCCCGAUUUCGACAACAGGCAGCAUGGCAACAUCGGAACGAGAGUCUAGUGGUUCUGCAAUCGACGGACAAAUAGACUCUAGCCCUGCAUCGAUCUUACGGCUUCCUCCUGGUCUUGAGCUACUGGCAUCCCGGGCCAGAACACUGGAAGAAUUUGAGUUCGAGGAUGCAAUCAGUCCAGAGGACGACGACCUUCAGAAAGAGUUCAAUGUUGGCACAGCGGACUGGUUCGAACUCAAGCCUGUGGCCAAGGCUCAACGCUUGAAGAUGAACAAGACUAUGAGGCAUGUCGCCGGUAGGGAGAACCCUGUGCCUUCCAAAACGGGGUCGCUGUGUACGCACGCUGAUAGGAAGGCGGAUAUUGGCCAUUGGAUGCAGGACGACAGUCGAGAUAAGCAGGCAGCUCGGACUUUGGUGGAGCAAAUUGCCAAAGAGCACCGCAACUGUCGAUUGUCAAGCUUGUCCGUUGGUGAUGCGACUGUUAACGACCAAGCUGCGAGUGUUGAGAUUGAGAGCGCUGCAAUCAGUGCCGUUGGCAACAUAUGGGCCAAUCUCACUACUCAAAAGACAUUCGAUUCAGAGAUUCAGGAUCUGGCCGGAGCUGGGGUUUCGUCUGUGUGGACCUACAAACCAGCUCCAGAGUAUGCCAUCGAAAGAGGUCGACUUCUAUCAAGCAUUUCUUCGAGCACGAGCUUCUUCGAGGAAGAGACUGACGGGUUCUACAAUGCUCCCAGUCGCAUCGCACGAGACCCCAGAUUCCGACCACCAAGCAAGGAAGCCAUCAAGCCAAAGGCAGAGGAAGACUGGAAGCAUCGACAUGACAUGUAUGGAAGAAGAAGAAUGUGACCAGUCGGG